AUGCCCGUCCAAGACCUCACACCUCCGCCCGCCGCCGCACAAAACGGCGCCGUCAAGAGCAGCGAAGCCGGAGACGAGACCUGGGUAUGGGCCCAGAUCAAGGCCGAGGCCCGCCGUGAUGCCGAGUCGGAGCCGACCCUGGCCAGAGCUACCUCUACUCAACCAUCAUCUCCCGCUCAAGCUCUCUGCUGCUCCACCCUCCUCUACAACCUCUUCCUCGACACCCUCUCCUCCUCCACCAUUGCCGACCUCCCCGCUGCCCGCGAGUGCGAGCGCGACCCCACCUGCACCUCCUUUUCCCACUGA